AUGCGUUUCUCGGCCUCCACGGCCCGCAUCGGCUCAGGGGCGCAGCGGCUGCCGCUGCGGCUCUGUCGCCGGUGCUACGCGCAUAGCGGUGCCGCUGCUUCGUCGGCGGGGGAGCGUGCGCACGGCCAGCAGGGCUUUUACUCUCUUGGGGAGUAUCUGCAGCGGCUUCCCCGCGGCAUUCGCGACCUGUUGUUGUGGUCGCCAGCCAUCGCGACGGCGUACUUCAUGCUGUACAAGCAGGCACCGUACUUCUUGCCAUCCGUGCGGCGCCAGCUGCUGAGCCGCCCACUCACCACCGCCCCUGGCAGCAGUGGCACGGAUGCGGCGCAACGCGGCGACGGCAUGCAGGCUGUGCGGAUUCGCAGGGACGGUGCGUCUGCUGGGGCGGUGGUGGACGGCCGGCUGCUGACUCUGGUGGACGACGGUCCGCUGGCCGCGGCCUCCGCAUUGUCCCCGCCUAUUCCGCCUUUUUCUACGGGGGCAGGGGCGGAUGCAACGCCGCUUCGGGUUCUACGCGACGCGAAGACAGGCAAGGUCUCUGGCUACACCGCGGCGGGGUGA